AUGAGCUUCAACAAAAUUCUCACCUCUGACGACCCGAAAUACUGGUCUACCGACUAUGUGGUCGAAAGCUUUCAGAUAGCCGUGCCCGGGGGUGACUGUUCGAUUCAUCUGCUGAUUAACAAGAACGACACAGACUUCUGGACACGAAAUAUUCAACCAAACAGUUCAAAUCAAUCAUUGCGCCAGCUCGUUGAUGCGAACACACGCGAGGGACUCAUCAGUGCGGUGCUCGUGGACGGUGGCUACGACGGAGGCGCGAAGUGGACCGGCGUCCGCGCAGCCAACGCGAUCAGAGAUGCCCUGGAGGAUCUCACCGCGACCUACGGUGAAAUCAAAUUCACAUCGUGGGUGGUAUCACACUGGGAUAGAGACCAUUACUCAGGUUCAAUACGCAUGAUCCUUGAUGAUUUACACGUCCAGUAUACGAAGCAAAAGAACGAGGCCAACCUGACUGACGGCGACGCGAAAAAUCGUAUCAAGUCAUCAUACUUCAUGUACGAUGACGCUGGGAAAUGUCUGACAACCUUAUAUAGCCCGGUUUUUGACAACAAAACUUGGAAAAGAAUGAAGAAGUCGAAAUGGAAGCCCAAGGGCGCACAUUGGUUGCUCACCAGAAACAAGACUCAUUCCGACCUGGUGGAUUUUCUCCUACUUUGCACGGGCAAAAAACCGUUUCAGGACAUGAGAAGAAUGAAAUUCAAGGAUGUGGAUCUCGCUGUCAAAUUGCCCGGCAUUUGUCGCAUGUGUGAAAAUUACGAAAACCUAGCUGGUGUGGACUUCUUUUCCGUUUACGACGAAGAGAAAAUGCAAAACUGGAAAAAAGGAGGAGGUGGAAUACACGAAAGGCAAAUCACAUUUACCAAAUUGCUCGAGGAGCUUCCCAACCCCGAGAAGCCGCGUUUUCUAUGUGUCGGCGCUGAGGGUUAUGUCUUGGGGGAUAACAUGGCCCAAGUAGUGCACCGGCCAAGCGAAGCGACUCUCGAGAACUUCAUCUCAAUUUGCUCCCUUAUUGUCUGGCCGCCCACUCAAGACCCAAAGACCGACGCUCGUGCCUCCUACUUUUCUGGUGGGGAUAGCUUCAAUAACACAGAGUCAAAGCUCGCAACGUGGCUAGCGGGCACGCGUGUGCGUGUAAUCAAAGCUUCCCAUCAUGGGGCACGCAGCUCUACCCCAUCAGCCAUGCUCGAGUCCAUGAAACCAAGCAAAUUUAUCAUAUCGGCAGGUUUUGAGCACGGUCACCCUAGUAAGUCCCUGUGCGUCCUUUUGCACAUUCUGAACAACUGCUAA